UUGGCCACACUCGACAGGAGGAAGAGGUUUGACAAAUUUCUCAAGCGCUUAACACCUCUGCUGCUGUGUCUGCUCAACAAAGUGAAAGCAUUCUGAGAUUGUUCUGGUGAGAGGAGAGUUUGAUUUGAUUUGGCCAAUACACAGGUUACACCAUGAAGCAGACGCAGGAGGCUGGUGGUUUUGAAAUCCACGACCAAGGCGUCAGGAAAGUGGUCACUAAACUUUCCGCCAGUGGCCCGACUGGACAUGGAAGGACAAAGACUCGCCCUGAGCUUGAACAAAGUGCCACCUCCUCCAAGUACCAGGAGAAGAAACCUUUCCCCCUUGGCAUCCUGCUUGGCAGGGGGGGCUCGAACCCUCUACUCCUGACCCCUGCCAGUCUCCAGCUCACUCAGCUCCAAGCCCAGCUCGCCCUGCAGAGGAUAAAACUGGUGCACACGGCCGUGAACAGCAACACAGCUGCCACCGUUCUCAACCAGGUCCUCUCCAAGGUGGCAAUGUCUCAGCCCUUGUUUAACCAACUGAGAAGCACUUCUAUGGUCAGCACUCCCCAUGGGCACACUGGCGGAACUCAGCCUGGCAUGUCCACAAACAGGUUUCCAUCCGGCGGAUUGCCUUUCCCGUCUCAGAACCCAGCACUGGGUGGAGGUUUGGGAUGCAUCAGGAGUCUACAGAAUCAAAACCCCAGUGCUAUGGGGCUGAAUCCCUUUGGAGGGAUGGUGCCUCAGGCUUCAAGCCAGCAAAACUCAGCUCCCAUGAGCCUUGCUCAACCUGGGGUCUCCCAAGCGAACAGUGGCUUUACAGACUAUGGAAAUAAUAUGAGUGUUCCUGCUAGUUCAGUUUAUACCUCAGACUCGGAGCGAAGGGGCCAGUACGGAUUCCUCAGUGCGGUGCCCAGUGCUGUAAAUUCUUCAGGGAAAUCAGAUGAGGGGCAGUACAUGCUUUCCACCCAGUCAAAGCUGGAGACCCAAGGUGGGUUUCAGAGGGAUUUCUACAUCGCAAGUGCUCAGGGGCAGCAAGCUUUGGGCUUCUCUGGGGAGCAGAACUCAAAUCAUUUUCAUCAAGGCAACCACAAAGACCUAACCAGGCCUGUCACCCAUGGAACAUGUACCACCAGCCAGUGGCCAAACCAGGCCAACUUCACCAAGCCAAAUAACCCAGAGCUGGUACCUAACUCAGGCACUGUGUGGACGGCCUCAGGACAUCCAUUCCACAUGAGGGGAGAGCUCUACAACCCAGAGGAGCCGACUGCUGACCCCAAGUUCAAUCCUGCUGCCGGCCAGCAUUCAUUUAGCAAGCUGGGACCCAACAACCAGGGGUUUGUAGGAUUUGAGCAGCUCAGACAAGCAGAGGAACAGGUGCCUCCAGGCCCGGUGGUACCUCUGCAGCCACACCAGCUCAACGAUUUCCAUGCAGUAACUCCUGCUCACCUUCCCCAUGUCUGCACCAUCUGUAAUAAGAAGGUCUUUAAUCUAAAGGACUGGGACCAGCAUGCCAAGGGAAAGCUUCAUAUUCAGCAAUGCCUGCAGUUCUCAGAGUGUCCUGCCCUUGGCCCUGCUCAUUUUCCAACAUUUUCAGAAGGAAGUCUAAACACCUUGACUAAUAACUCUGUGGUGUAUACCUCAACUGGAACUCAAGAUUUAUCCUCAGGUCUCAACACCUCUGCACCAAUGAGAAUUCCUACAUUUACAUCAACUCAGUUAGGGUCAAAGUUUCUGCAGAGAAAGCCCACAGUUAGCAGAGUUGUUCACAUCUGUAAUCUUCCAGAGGGCAGCUGCACUGAAAAUGAUGUCAUAAACCUGGGACUCCCCUUUGGGAAAGUCACCAACUAUAUCCUCAUGAAGUCCACUCACCAGGCUUUUUUGGAGAUGGCCUAUGCUGAGGCAGCCCAAGCUAUGGUGCAGUAUUACCAACAGACUCCAGCCACAGUUCAUGACCAGAAGCUGCUGAUUAGAAUGUCAAAACGUUACAAGGAGCUGCAGCUCAAGAAACCAGGGAAGGAUGUGGACUCUAUCAUCCAUAACAUUCAUUCUCAGAGAGAAAAGGAUGUGAUGCAUGAUAUAGAAAGGUACCCCUUGGAGAGGACUCGAUCUCGCAGCCCAAUCAGUCGCUCCCUGAGCCCUAGGUCACACAGUACCAGCUUUACCUCCUGCAGCUCAGCCCACAGCCCCCUGGGCCCCACACGACUGGAGUGGAGCAACAGGCUGGAGGAGAGGAGGGCUUCCUGGGACUGGUCCCCCCACACACGGAUAGAAGAGGAUGAACAGGGCUGGGGGACUAAUGAAAAGGAUCCAGCGGAUAACUGGAUGGAGGACAGGAAGCAGUACCUGAAAGGCAGCGAUAAGCUAAGCCCGAGAUCUUUGGAUGAAUGGGUAGAAGAACUGCGGGGAAACAGGGAGAGGUAUCCCAAGAACAGUCCCCGGAAUGUGCCCUACUCCUCCUAUCGAAGCAAAGAGGACGAGUAUUACAAGAAGGAGUCUAAACACAAGUCAGACAGGCCUCAGAAACAGCACCAGCGCCACGACAUAAAGUCCAAGAACAGGGACCCAGAGCCCCAUCACAGAGAAAGGGAAGGGAAACAUUCAGGGAGUGAGUCACAGGAGGACCCUGGCACAGAAACAAGAGUCAGCAGGACACCAGAAGAUAGGGGUAGGAAAGGGAGCAGCGAGAGGGGGAGAAACAAGAAGGUAAAUCGGCAGCCUUCAGCAGAGGAGGGGAGAGUGCCAGACAGUGAGGGACAGGAAAUAAAGCACAAAAUAGAGAAAAGGCUAAUGUCGCCUGACAGGAACGGCAAGGAAUCAGGGGAGCCAGAUACUGAGAGGAACCACAGAGAUCAGGGUGAGUGGGAGAGUGGCAGCGGGACUGAGGGGGAGUCGUGGUACCCCAGCAACAUGGAGGAGUUGGUCACAGUUGACGAGGUGGGAGAGGAAGAGGACUGCAUCAUCGAGCCUGACAUAUCAGAACUGCAGGAGGCUGCCCAGGCAGGGGGGAAACCUGCUGAGCUGACUGACUCCAGCAGUGCGCCAGCGGGCAGCGUGGAGCUGAGAGGGAUGUGUAGCUACAAGAAGACUGAUGAGAGGGCAGGGGGGAGCCCAGCAACAAGAGAUUCUGAUGUUCAAGGGGACUACGAUAAAGAACUAAUUCCGAACCAAGUCCUUAAAGAAGAGGUCUGUGAACUGCAACAAGAAGAUCAUGUCAGGGAAUUUCCAGCGCAGGAUCUCCACACUGCCUUCAAAGAGGCAUGUUCCUGCGCAGAGCUGGAACCAGUCAGCCCUGAUCUCCCACAUCAGGAGGAGGGCCUGCAACACCAAGGGGCCCUCAUAGAAGACUGCAAUCCUUCAGAUGUGCUGGGGAAUGGUGAUGUUGGCAAGUUGGAAAUGAAGAAUAAAUCUGCAGCUGAAGAAAUGGUUAAUGACAAUAUUCUAGAAGAACAUAAAGUCAAAAGCAAGUCACAGAGGGAGUCUCUCAGAGUCCCAGAGGAGGGCGCUAGUGAACCCCAAUCCCAAGCACAAUGGGAGGAGGAGAAUGUGUUUGGGGAGCUCAGCAUCCCAUUAGGGAUGGAGUUUGUGGUGCCCAGGACUGGCUUUUACUGCAAACUCUGUGGGCUGUUUUACACCAGCGAGGAGACAGCCAAAACAACGCACUGUAGAAGUACUGUUCAUUACAAGAACCUGCAGAAGUACCUGACCCAGUUAGCAGAAGAAGGUAUAAGAAGCGCACAGAGGAACAACACAGCUGCUGAAGAAGCUGGGAUUGCCCCGCAGUUUGAAGGGAAGUAGCCCUGUUGAUUCUGCAAAGGGGAAAAAAGGAAAUAUGUGCCUAUUGUGAAGCAGAAACAGAUGAGCCAGAUCCUGGAUAGGAGUCCAAGGAACUGCUGAAACAAUAGACCACCUCCAUCCACCUCAGUUGGUGUGCAUGUAAUACCAGCAGAACCAUCUAAUACCACACAGCUUCUCACACUCAGGCGUGCGCUCACGUGAGACGAGACUCCCGUCCGUAUUCCUCACCGUGUAACUAUACCACUGUGCUGUAAACCUGAGCAGAGUGGACUGUUACACAUGAAUGUGGCCUCCAGGUAAACAUAGGCAUAUCCCUUUAGAAUUACAUUUAAACAAAUGCAGUCUUGCUGUUCUUUUUAUCCCAGUUGAAACUGCUGGUCUCUUACGGACAGGGUGGUGGCAUUAUGAGCGUUCUGAUAAUCACGUAGGCGCUGCUGAAAUAUCUACUAGGAUAACUGUUCAGGGUGCUUCAGUUCACUCAGCUGAGACUUACAGGAACGCUACACAAUUCAAUGAAUGGAUCCCCAGACAAUCCCCAGUAGAUAGAAAACAAUCACAUCCAUAUGUGCAGUCCACUGACAUUCUUUUAGGUUAAACAAUGUAUUUGAUUUAUGUGUUUCUGGCUGCCAAAUGGCAUGUUGUAAAAUAAAAAUACAGUAAACUCUUAUCUUUAUACACCUGCUACUAUGUGUGUGCCAGAUGGGGUCCAAAUGUGGGCACCUCUCAAUCCAAAAUUGUCCAAACUAGGGAAUGAUUUGACUUUUUGUGUUUUAAAUUGAUCCGGUUUCCCUCCAGUGUAAUCUAUUGAAGAUUAAAAGAGAAAAUGAGUGCUUCCACCAGGCAGUCUUCAAUUCAUAGUAAGCCAGACCCUGUGACGUGUGCAAUUGAGAGGUUCUAUUCGGCUUAAGAGCAGCUCAAAUUUCUCAAAAGGUGGUGAAGGAACCUCAGCUGCUUCGGGGUCUUUGAAGGCAGCAUAGUUUCCUGAUUAAUCUAUCACUUGUGCCACCACAGGGGUCCCAGUCACCUCUAUCUAAGGGGUCUGUGCACACCGCAAGGAUCCUGCACUUUGAGAACGGCAAUAAGAUAAAAGCAGAGACAUAUUCAGGGAAAAUACUUUUACACAGAGCUGUAAUUGUUGAAGUACACUUGAACUGGACCAUUUAUGUUAAUAUUUAUUGUGGAUUUUCAUUAAAAGUAUUAUAUAUUUUGGGGUUUGUACAAAGUUUUGAUUUUUUUUCCCCUGAACUGUACAGUUGAUUGCACGGAGGGGUGAAGCUUUGUAUUUAAUUCUUUGUUGAAAGUUUUAAAUGUGGAUUUUUUUCAGAAAGUGAUUGCAAUAAACAUUUUGAAACGAUGUAUGAGUGGGCCACUUUUUUUCAUCACAGUGUUAAAGAAAGGCAUCCACUGAUGUGUGUUUUCAUAGGCAUGUCUACAGGGUCUGUUUAAUGGUAUAAGCAGCAGUGGUAACGGUUAUCCCUGAGAUCAGCCAAUGGAGUAAAACCUCACAGCACUUUUUUUUUUUUUUUUUUUUUUUUAAACAGACUUCUGUGGAAACACUUUUUUGCGUGCAAAAAUCAGGUUUGCUUGGAUCCAGAAAUAAUUCUGAAAGAAAAUUAUAAAUAUUGCAGUCCUGCUUUUAUAUAAAAAAACUAACAGGAUAGAUUUAGCUUCCGAGAAACGAAUUUUACAAUCCAACAGAAAGAUAGAGCACACGUUUGCUUUUCCAAAUGGAAGGCAGUCCACGUUUUGCACCGAGUAGUAAAUCUUGUGUGUCACAUGGAUCUCUAGUGACACCUGGUGUUAAUAUUAGUUAUCGCAGUGUUGCUUCAGUACUUAUCUCAACCGUUUGAGGGAUACUUCUUACAGCUCUCGUUUCCACGCUGCCAAUCCCGGUUGCUAUCGACCCGGUGUGCAGUGUUUCAUGGUCCAUGUGCAAGGGAAGCGGCGCUAUGCUUUAGUGCGAGAGGUCCCGGGUUCGCGUCCCCUCUCCGCCUGUGUGUGGAUUGCCUCGCCCUGUGUCAUGGGCCUGCCUGCGUUAAUCAAGUUUCGCUACAAUACUGUAAAUGCAGUUCGCCUCUUGUUAAGUAACGAAAUUCCACAGAGUUCACACAAACUUUUACAAUUUCUAAAAACAUGUUUUUAAAAAAAUCGUGACUCAAGUGGAUAUAAAAUAUUAAUAACUCAUUAAUAGAUCAGUAUAUGCGUUACCGUAUCCAGGAAGUAUACUUAAAACGUUAGAUUUGCCGACCUGUUGCGAACACUACAGCUGCAAUGCUCCUCUUCCAAAGCAAGGGGGCAGCAUCUAUUCAGCAUCGAGAUCCAGGGCCCGUAUGAACCUCCCAUCCUUGCCGUGCUGUAAUACAAGGAUAGGAUAUCUUUGGCCGCGCUGCCUUGAUUAAAGAGA